CACAGGCUCGCGCUACGGCAGUGGUGCUGGGAGUCUCGUGUCUGCGGUGCCGUUACUCGCAGUCGGGCGGCGGCUGAGGCUCAGCGCACAACGCAGGUAGCGCGUUAGCAGCAGCAGCAGCGGAGGCACCUCGGCAGUCACAGCCCCUGCGCUGGUGCAGCCACCCUCGCCUGCUCCGCUCUUCCUUCCUUCGCUCGCACCAUGGCUGAUCAGCUGACUGAAGAGCAGAUUGCUGAAUUCAAGGAAGCUUUCUCCCUAUUUGAUAAAGAUGGCGAUGGCACCAUCACAACAAAGGAACUGGGGACCGUCAUGCGGUCACUGGGUCAGAACCCAACAGAAGCUGAACUGCAGGAUAUGAUCAACGAGGUGGAUGCCGAUGGGAAUGGCACCAUUGACUUCCCAGAGUUCUUGACUAUGAUGGCUAGAAAAAUGAAAGACACAGAUAGCGAAGAAGAAAUCCGCGAGGCAUUCCGAGUCUUUGACAAGGAUGGAAAUGGUUACAUCAGUGCAGCAGAACUGCGCCACGUCAUGACAAACUUAGGAGAAAAGCUAACAGAUGAAGAAGUAGACGAAAUGAUCAGAGAAGCAGAUAUCGAUGGAGAUGGACAAGUCAACUAUGAAGAAUUCGUACAGAUGAUGACUGCAAAAUGAAGACCUACUUUCAACUACUUUUCCCCCUCUAGAAGAAUCAAAUUGAAAUCUUUUACUUACCUCUUACAAAAAAAAAAAGAAAAAAAAAGAAAAAAGUUCAUUUCUUCAUUCUGUUUGUAUCUAGCAAAACUGAAUGUCAAAAGUACCUUCUGUCCACACACAAAAUCUGCAUGUAUUGGUUGGUGGUCCUGCCCCCUAAAGAUCAAGCCCCUACAUCAGUUUUACAGUAUAAAUCCUCGUACUCCCUUAUAAGGAAGCGCUUAGUGGGCUCCUUAAGGUCCCAUCUGCUAAUGAUUAACACACGGUGUGGGCUGGCCGGUUCCUCAUGCAUGCAGCUUGGCGAUUGAGCACAGUCAGGCAUUUGUAUUAAAACUGAAAAGUGGAAAAAACAAGUUCAAAAUCUCAGAUGGCUUCUAGUUGAAUCUGUUCUGAUAAAUUGUCAGCAGCCAGUUUACUGCAAACAUUUAAAAUUGGUUUACCUCAGGAUGAUGUGCAGAAAAUGGGUGAAGGCUAAACUCUGAGACACAGCCCUAGAAGUAGGACAGUCCUCUUCAAGUGCCCCAAUCCCAUGGUGACAGUGACACCCUGGUGGCAAGCCCGAGUACAAUGGUUCACUGCUGUGCGCAUUGCACUGGAGUGAUGUGAACAACAAGGCUGUCACCAAAUCAUACACAUUUUACUAAAAGUUUCCCAAGGGAGCAUCUUUGGACUCUCUGUUUUAAAACCUUGUGAACCAUGACUCGGAGCCAGCAGAGUAGGCUGUGUCUGUGGACUUGAGCACACCAUCAACAUUGCUGUUCAGGAAAUUAUAAUUUACGUCCAUUCCAAGUUGUAAAUGCUAGUCUUUUAUUUUUUUUUCCAAUAAAAAGACCAUUAACUUAAAAGUGGUGUUAAAUGCUUUGUAAAGCUAAGAUUGGAAGGGGGACAAGGACAAGGCUGCUGCUGAAGGAGGUCAGCACACCUAGAAACACCCAACAUCCAGUGCAAGCUGGAUUUCCUGCCCAGGUUCUCUAGCCGCAGCUCCUGAAACCAGACAGAUACAACCACGUAAGUCUCGGUAUUUUCUGUGUGUGUGCGCACAUGCGCAAAUCCCAGUCAGUUGGUGUUGAGACUAGAGCCCUAGUGAGGGAAGACCUCAAGCAUGCAGUUAGGGUGUCUUGGCUGAGCUGCUGCUGACCUGUUACAGCUGCAUGAGGCCGUCCGUGCAGGAGACAGGGUUCAGUGUGUCUAAUCCGAUACUCACUGUAUGGUAGAAGCAGGCCAGUCAAAGACACUACCUUUGAUUCAGUUUGUAAGUUAUGGUUAUAUUUUAGCCUCUAUACUUUAUUAUUAUUAUUUAAGUUAACUGCUUUUUCUCCCUAUAAGAAGAGUUAAUGCUUAACAUUCUGUUUGAAAGCAAAGAAACAAAACAGUAUCCCAGAAUGAAUUCCCUGUCUAAUUACAAACCUGUAACCAAGAUGUAGACACGCUGGUACUGGCCCGUCCGGGGAACUGCUCUAUUUAAGAAGUCCCCCUUAGAAGUGCAUUGCAUUUAAAACAAGGGCCUUGUCCAUUCUUCAGGGUGGUGUUGUAUCUGAUUGGCAGGGAGCUUUGGCUUCCAAAUUCGGGGGUGGUAGGGAGCUGGCAGGCUUCUAGCAAGGCAAUGAGAGGCCCUGGCAACCACCUGGGUGCACUUGGGGCUAACCUGUAGACCCCUAGUUGCUCCCUCUCCUGCUCCCUGUCUUUCUGGCAUUUGUAGCUCCUUAGAAAUUUUUUUCUGCCGGAAGGAUGGGUCAGAGCAGUAGAGAGGAAGACAUUGCCUGAGCGCUCUGCUCAUCCUUGGACUGGGUGGUUGGUGUAGGUUGAUAGAAGUUGACUUUCGUAUCUGAAUCUUUAGGUAGUUCCUUCUGGUAGAGAGGACUAAGGGUUCCAGAUGUGCAGAAGUGAAUGUCGGUGGGUAAUAUAUGUCUUGUAAGAGGAUUAAAUCGCCCACGCGAUGACCCAGUCACAGGCUUGUCUGUAACCUCUUGGUAGUUUCAAAGGGGGUUGGAGGUGACUUUAAAGAUUUACCUCCUAUCUUUUUUACCAAGUCUGUAGACGCUGGGUAAACCAUACUCUGACACCCCCAUAGCCUGUCCUAAAAGGUUACCUUGGAUUCUUGUGUGACCAGGAAUCCAGGGAACCAGAAACUCUAUCCCCCAGGGAAUGUGAAACAGGGGUCUGGCACUGUAGGAGGCAGAGACCCCCUCCUCAGCCUUCUGGCAUCCUGGGGCACAAGCAGCCCAGGGCGUGGUGUUGGCAGUUGAGUUCGUGAGGUAGAAAGAGCCAGUUGUCAAGGCAGUACCCCUGAAGUUGGAUAGCACUUUCCUGUAAACUCCCUCACUUAUAACUGCUCUAUAAAUAUAUACAUAUAUUUAUAUAAAUAUAUAUAUAUAUAAAGUGACUAGUUAACUGGCAUCCUGCUUUAGCCUGAGACUUGCCCUAAGAAACUGCUGAGCCCUUGGCACACCUCUACAUAGUGUGUUUUCUGUCUAUUGGGGGCGGACUGUUGAGCAAGGCAAACAUCUUGAUAGCUCAGAUGGCCUUUAAUGUACUGUUGCCAGGGAAGGCUUUUUCUGAUUUUUUGACAAAUUUUUGCACACUUUAAUUGGUGUCCUUGAGCAACUUAAACACACUGAAGAUGAGCUAUUGUACAUAUUUUUAUAUUCUCUUUGUAAGUGCAUGUCCAACUUGUAAUCAUAUUGUAAGGAAUGGCUGUCCAGUAGGCCUAGUGUUACUGUCAUGUAAGAGGGAUAGCAUCUAUCAUUCGCCCCUCAGCAUCCUGGGAACUUCUUCUUGAAUGAAGACUGUAAAUUUGGUCAAGUCAACUCUUAGUUCAGUUAUCUUAACCAUUUGAAUGAUUUAUUGUGUGUCCUAUGUGUAUUUCUCUUUGGCAGCGACCAGAGUUACACUGAUGUGUCUCAACUGACCCACUCAGCUGGCAGUCACCUACUUUUUUUUUUUCAAUACCCCUUGAAGUUGUCCUGUAGAAGACAGAUUAUUUGCUAUCUAUCCCUUUGAGUAAGAAAUCAGGGAUGUGUGCUCUUCCCCUAGACCUACGAUGUUCAUUAAACACCCGUAGCAAGGAUGGUGGUGGUCCUUCUGUUACUGAAGUCACCCUUCACUGUGGCUGUUUGAAAAGGAGAUGUACUUGGACGUUGUGUAAAUCUUGAGAUAAACUGUUUGGAGAUUUAACCACCUCUCUGAUGGGGGACCAACUCUAUGGAAAUUGUAAAUAAGUUUUAUUUAUAAACCUGGCACUGUAUUCAAUAAACAUUUCUGCAGCCUUUCAUCUCUUAA